AUGAGGCUUCGAUGGCCUUACAUAUGUCUCCUCAGCUUUAUCAUUCCUUUGGCUUCUGCCACCAUUAGUGAUGGCCCGGAUGACGAAACGUUCCUGGUUAUCAGAGCAAUUCCUGAGAACACUAACCAGUUGGAGUUAAUUCAGCGUUUACAUGCCAAAAUGGAUGAAUACGAUCUUGAUUUCUGGCUGAGUCCUCGGAUGCUCAAUGAUAAGGCUGAUAUCAUGAUUCGAGAAUCUCGUUUCGAAUGGCUGAAGAGCCAAUUCGACUUUUUCGAUUUGCCAUACAAUGUGACCAUUCCAGAUGUACAAAAACUGAUUAUCGAGCGUGAGCAUAAGCCCCAGAGAUCGGCAAUCAUCAAUCGCUUUUCGAAACGUCUUCAUGAUGAACAAGGAAAUAAAGCAAAGUAUGGCUUCGGUGACUAUCAUUCCUACGAUACGAUCAUUGAGUGGAUGAAUGAUAUCGCUCGUCUUUAUCCAGACAGAGCUGAAGUCAUGACAAUUGGAACUACCGAGGAAGGCCGUCCAAUCAAAACCAUUAAGAUUGGAAAGAACAUCCAAGAUACGUCGAAGCCAGUUUUUUGGAUUGACGGCGGCAUCCAUGCACGUGAAUGGGCUGCAGUUCAUACAGCUUUAUACUUUAUUGAUCGACUGAUUGCUGAUUAUGAUUCAGAUAGGACUGUUCAUCAGGCUAUUGACAACUUGCAUUUCUAUGUAACGCCGGUUUUGAAUCCAGAUGGAUAUGAAUACUCUCGUAGUGGAGUAUCACCAAUGAUCCGUUUGUGGAGAAAGAACAGAGCUAAGAUUGUUUGUAAGAAGGACAAUUGGUUCAGAGAAAGAUGUUGUGGAGGAGUCGAUUUGAACAGAAACUUCGAUUGGUUCUUCGGAGAAAUCGGAUCAAGUUCUGAUCGUUGCUCGGAAAUCUACCAAGGAGAAUCGGCAUUCAGUGAAGCGGAGUCUAAGGCCGUUCGCGACAUGAUGUUCUCUCCAGCUUUAAGAGGAAAAGUUCUCGGAUUCAUCACAUUACAUACUUAUUCGCAAAUGUGGAUUCAUCCUUUCAGUCACAAAAGAAAAAGUUAUUCUAAUGAUAUCACUGAAAUUGAAAAAGUUGGUCGAGCUGGUGUGGCAGCUUUACAAAACGUUUAUGGAACGAAAUAUCGUUUUGGUACUGGUGCUGAUAUUCUAUAUCCUUCAUCCGGUGGUUCAGAUGAUUGGGCAAAAGGAAAAGGUGGAGCCAAGUUUGUUUACUUGCUUGAACUCCGCCCAGCCGAGGAAGUUUGGGAUGGAUUUAUUCUCGACUCUCGUCAGCUCAUACCAACCGGGAAAGAAACAUGGGCCGGAAUUCGCGUAGUAAUCGAGGCUGUCUUGGAAAAGGCACCAAAAGAUUUUGCAAGCACUUCGACUGUCAGCACAAUCACCGAAAGCACUUCGCCAUCAUCAUCUAUACCUGAAGAUCCUGUUACCACGACUUUGGCAUUAGCUGCCAGUGAUUCUGCACCAACGAGCACGGUUCGCACAAUUUUGGCGGAAAGUACCGCAAAUCCACUCACCACUCCUUCCCCAUCACAUGAUUCCGAACAGGGAGAAACGCAUUCCGCGGUUCCCUCCACAACUACAGAAGCUACUGUACCUACCACAAACUUCAUGUUUGAGAAUUUUAUGGUAAAUCACGAUCUUCUUGCUGCCUCAGAGGAUAGCAAAGACUCAGGCGAUAUUUUCUCAGAGGUUCUGAACACUAGUAUCCCGCCAACUCCAGUUACUAACCAUCACAUGAUGGAUGAAAUAACUUUCACAAUCAUCCCAGAGACAGUACCGAUAGCCUUCGAGACUACGACUAUAGAAACUUCAACCGAAGAAGCUACCACUACAGAAGCUACCACUAGAGAAACCACCACUAGAGGAACUACUACCGAAAAAACGCCACUGAAUGAAGCAUCUGUCAAAACAACAGACACAUUCCUUUCUUUUCGUUCCAACAAUGAUGUCACUCACUUGAUUGAAACAAAGCCGAACUUCACUAUUGUAGUUCAAUCUAGUGAUGCUCCAAAAGUUACACAUCCAGCUGCUGAUUCAAUAGAAACUGUUACAGUUCAAGAAAAUAACCAGGGAACUUCUACAACAGAAAUUUCAUUUGUUCAAGAGUUGCCCCUAGCCUCAUCAACUGAAAAUGAAUCGAAGGUGGAAGAUGUGAAGCCGAUAGCAUCUAUUCCAUCAUCACUAUCCCAAUCUUCAAAAUUCAGAUUUUUCGAGCAAAGCUUGGAUGAUAGAACGAAUAAAACAGAUGUUGAUCAAUCAACUGGAAAAGAUAUUGUCACUGUUGGAGGUUCAGUUGUUAAUAUACAUUCUGAUCUAGAGCAGCGUCAACGAAGCUCUACAGGUCUUCAAGAAGAAGCUACGACGACUGAAAUACCAGUCACAACAACUGCAUUUAAAGGAACAAUUCAGAGAGAUGGAAAUCGAGCUCUCACUGGAUUCCGUCCAGAUUUAGCUACCGAUGGCAGACCUUCAAGUUUCAAAUCAGAGAGUUCGACUGAAAGUGGAGAAAUACCCACUCUUAAACCUGUGCAAGACACAACACCUGCUGAGCCACUGCCUGAUAAUGAUUUGUUUGAAUCGGCUCUAUUUUUCUUAGCUGCUAGACAUAAGCAAGUGCGAAUAGAUCCACGUGUGGCAAAGCUCAUUCCUGUCCGUACAGUUGCUCCGACCACCACAACCAGCAAGCCUAUUGAGUUGAUUUCUGAAUCAACAUCUUCAAAUAUUGCUAGCUUGGAAUCCUCUAGAGGAGAAAACUCUCGAGUAUCUCAGUUGACUCCAAGAGUAGAAACUGCUUCGGUCGUGCCACUGCCUCCAGUUAGAAGCAGAAUUCUCCCAGCACCACCUUCGGAAAUAGUUAAACAAGGGCCAUUCCUUGUUGGCUUCCGUUUUGUUCCGGACGGUGCACCACCUUCUGCUUUACCUCCUAACCCAAUUCUACCACCUGCUCGUCAACCUAUAGAAUCCUCUCCGACUAACGUACUAUCUGGAAUUAACAAAGACACUCUCCCAGCGGUUGUGAGCAGACGACCUAAUACGGUGCCGUCCUCGUUCCUGUCUUCGAGCACACCACUAAGCACUAACCGUCCCACUGUUCAUAAUUCAUUCAUAAGCACAGUCACAUCUUUGUCCAGCACUUUACCUCCAUUCGUUCGUGGUUUCCGUAUUCGUCCUCCAGUGUUCCCUCCUUUCUCUAUUGAUCCAAAUCUAGCUUCGUCCCUGAGAGUAAUUCCAAGCCGUCAACCUGUAACUACAACGACAACCACUACGAGAAGCUUCACAACUCCACGUACAACUACAAGAAGGAUCUUCACGACUCGUCGAAUAAUCACUACCACACCUACAACAACUACAACUACGACAACUACAACAACUACAACUACUCCUCCUACCACUACCACGACCACUGAACAGCCAAUCACCCGUUUCCAACCACGUCAAAGACCCACUUUGAGAAAUGGAGAUUCUUCUCGUAAUUUCCUUCUUGAACGACUUCGUCAACAACAAGCCCGUCUCCAACGGUUACAACAAUCUCGAACACAACAUCAAAUGGCACAACGACUUCAACGGCCUGAACUGAGCAGAGUAAAUGGAGACACCGCAACUAACCAUGAGGAGCAAAACACACAGUUCACAACUCAAACCCAACAAAGGCAAUUAACUCCAUUUGAAAGAUUCCAACUACUUCAACAACAACAACAGCAACAACAACAGCAACAGCAACAGCAGCAGCAAUCACAGGGACAAGUUGUUCAAGGACAGUUCCAGCAACCUCAAAUUCAACAAGCUCAAUUCCAACAACAACGUCAACAACAACAAUUCACGACACCUUUGCAGAACCAACAGUUUAGAAAUCCUUUCCAACCAACAUUCACGGCUCCUCAAUGUGUUGAUCAAUCCCCAUGGUGUUCCGCUUGGAUAUCGAGCAGUCCAAACAUCUGCGCGGUAUCUUCCAUCUACAUGAGACGAGAUUGCGCUCGAUCUUGUCGGUACUGCUGA